AUGGAAGGACAGAAUUUUUUCGUCGGAUUACUCAUCUGCUUGCAUUUCAGUUGCAAUUUAUUCCAAUUGCUACGCAAAAUCAUCUUGGCCAGCAGCCCACGCAAGUGCAACUCAUUCCGGUUACAGCGCCUGGCUCGGCACAGCAGUUCAUCGUCAUCCAGCAACCAGCCAUACCAGGUAUAUUUCAUUUGCCCUCACAUUCAGCAAUCACAGAGAUUUUUAUAG